UCUGGAAAACCUGCCCGCGCCCAGGAUCCUCCGCGCGCAAGAUGGCCGCGCCGGGAGCGGAAGCGGAGCGGAGGAGGUGCUAGGCUCUACGCCCCCUCGGCCUUCCGUGAGGACCGUACCAGUCCGAAGAAGGAAGCUCAUGGACCCGAAAAAUGCGUACUGCCUUUUCUCGCCGUGACCAUGGGGGCGUACUGACAAAGCCUUUGAUCUGAUAGGCAACCCCAGCAUUUCGCAGCCCUGACUUGGAACCUCCCCGAGGACUGCAGUGUAAGCGCGGUCUCUGCGUUCCGACCGAGGCAGGAGGCCAGUCAGGCAGGUCCCUCUGUCCCGACAGGUGGGACACUGAGCACUCCAUGCCAGCGGGCGCGGGGAGGCGUGGCCUCCCCCAGGGCCGCCACCUCUGCUGGUUGCUCUGCGCUUUCACUUUAAGGCUCUGCCAAGCAGAAGCUCCCGUGCGGGAGGAGAAGCUGUCAGUGAGCACCUCAAAUUUGCCGUGCUGGCUGGUGGAAGAGUUUGUGGUGGCGGAAGAGUGUGCUCCAUGUUCUAAUUUCCAGGCUAAAACCACCCCCGAGUGUGGUUCCACAGGGUAUGUGGAGAAAAUCACAUGCAGCUCAACUAAGAGGAGCGAGUUCAAAAGCUGCCGCUCAGCUCUGAUGGAACAACACUUAUUCUGGAAAUUCGAAGGGACUGUCAUAGGUGUGGCCUUGGUCUUUGCUUGCCUUGUCAUUGUUCGUCAGCGACAACUGGACAGAAAGGCGCUGGAAAAGGUCCGGAAGCAAAUUGAGUCCAUAUAGCUACCUCCUCCCGUUUCAUCUGGGUCUUAGAGACCCUACCUCAGACAGAAAGGGGAAUGAACUGACUCGUGCCCCUGGUUCUCUGGAACCUUGUGGUGGCACCCCCUUUCUCCCAUCUUCCUCGUCUAAAUCAUUAAUGAGCAGAAUAAAAAGAGUAAAAUCGUU